GAUCACCAAAUCGCAAUACAACCUUGUUUGUGUACGCCUUCCGUCGGCCUAUGACAAGGUGAAAAGGCGUUACAAAGGCACGACCAAAGUGCAACGUUUUCGCUAUCACAGCAUGUGAUAACACAAUACCUAUAAUCCCAUGAAAGUAGUUCAGAUAUGUUUGGACCUUGGGUCCGUCGUCCGCAAGGAGUGCAGCAGCAGGCUCGGCAUAGGCCAACAGUUAGGCUUGCGCUUCAACACAGGUGGCGUCGACUCUCUCCGCCAACUUUUACGUGAGCACCGUCAAAGUCUUGUAACAAAUGAAGCUGACAACGGCGAGAAGUCUGCGACGGCUUGCCUUCCGACGCCCGACGGCAUCUCAGACUCGGGGAAUGCCGCCCAUCACAAUACUAGUAUCAAGCUUACUGGAGAUGAAUCCCUUAUAUCCGGCAGCUGUGGUGUCUUAGCGGACAGCUGGAGCUCCAGUAGCGGCCGCAACGAUGAGGGUCGCAAUAGUCCUCACCCAUCGGCGAGCCUCAUCAAGGACCUGCUUCGCAUAUUCACUCGCAAAGUACCUGGGGGCCUGGUUCCGGACGAACUCGUCCGCGGCUUCAUGCAGGUCAGCCGUCCGUAUACAGGCCUACUCGGAGCUGCGGAGCCCCCAGGAGCGCUUGGCGUUCUUCCGCCUGGUCACCGGCGAGAUGGGCCUGUCGGCGGUUCCCAGUCCCCGAGGUGAUCUCCGCGGUGCGGCUGUGGGACACCGCCGCCAGCCGCAGGGCCGCUGUUGCUGCUGCGGGUGCUGGUGCCGCCGGUGGUGCGCCUGCGUGUGAUGCCACUGCGGAGGCCGCGCAUGGGAGCGCCGCCGCGCAGGGGGGCCCGCCUGCCGCAUGCAACACUGCGGCCUGUUCCCCCCCACCCGCCGCUGCCGCCUCUGCUGCACCUGCCGAGGACGUCCUCCACGCCGCUGACGCCGCGGCGCUGUACCGCGCAGCCGACCGGCUGGGGGGCGCCUGCAGGCCGCUGUACACGCAGCUCUUCCUGCCCGUCAGCCAGGCGCCGGAGGGUUUGAAGUUCCUGGUUGACAUGCGCGCUGACCUGCU